AUGCCCGCUGCCAGGGGGUUAAGACUUGCCCUCUGGCGGGAGGCCCCCCGGGCGGGCGGGUUUUGCCACAGCCGUCUGCAGCUGUGUUCCUAUAAUUCUCCCCUCAACUUUGGGGCCGGCACCAGGCUCACCGUGACAGAUUGUGGCUUCACCGCGAAGUCCUACCAGCAAGGGCUCCUGUCUGCCACCAUCCUGUAUGAGAUCCUGCUGGGGAAGGCCACGCUGUACGCGGUGCUGGUCAGCGCCCUGGUGCUGAUGGCCAUGGCCAAGCUGAUCUCCACUGCGAAUGGGGGAGAUGACUUCACGCCGAGUCCACAUUACCAUGUACAGCUAGUUUUGGAGGUGACAAGAGGAACCCUGGUCUUCGGGGAGUGGGCGCUGGACCCCCGGGCCCAUUUUCGGGGAAGACGGGGUUUGCGCCUGGGCCCCCAGAGCUGUGUGAACACCGGACAGCUGCACUUUGGGGCGGGUUCCAAGCUGACCGUGCUGGAUGACCUGAGCAAAGUGAACCCGCCCAAGGUCACCGUGUUUGAACCAUCCAAAGCAGAGAUCGCCAGGACACAGAAGGCCACUCUCGUGUGCCUGGCCACAGGCUUCUACCCCGACCACGUGGAGCUGAGCUGGUGGGUGAACGGCAAGAAGGUCCAGAGCGGGGUCAGCACGGACCCUCAGGCCUACAAGGAGCAGCCCAGCCAGAGCGACUCCAGAUACCGUCUGAGCAGCCGGCUCAGGGUCUCCGCCACCUUCUGGCACAACCCCCGCAACCGCUUCCGCUGCCAAGUCGAGUUCCACGGGAUCAGUGACGAGGACGCCCGGAGUCCGGGAGACUCCGAACGCGUCACCCAGAACGUCAGUGCAGAAACCCGGGGCAAAGCAGAUUGUGGCUUCAUCUCAUCCGUGUCACAAACACACAAAGCUGCUACACAGCAUCAAUAA